AUGUCUGUUCUUCCUGAUUUUGACGUUUUAUUGAAUUACUCUACUCUGCCAUUGGAGUUUCCAACUUACGGAUCUUCACCAGAAGGUAUACGAUCAGAAGAAUCAAGUACUUCUCCACCCUCCAGUUCUGACGAAGUCAAGACUUCAAAGACAACAAAAGGUGGUAUUAACAUCCAUAGAAAACCGCGGACUCGAUUCAGUCAGAAUCAGUUGGAUGGUUUGGAGAGGUUAUUCGCGGAUAUAAAAUUCUUAUGUCGUCCACGAAGAAUUUUUACUGCAAAACAAUUAGGACUGGAAGAAAGACAGGUAAAAGUAUGGUUUCAAAAUCGUCGGAUGAAAGACAAGAAAGAGAAAGACAGAGAUGCAAAGCUUAGAAGAAUAAAUACAUCGGCUGGGUAUGGUGCAACUGUACAUCAUCAGCAUCAUCAUCAUCUACCACAAAAUGUCGAGUUGAACACCGGAAUAUACAAUAGUUAUUGCCCAAAUGCCGUCAGCUGUCAAACAUCAUACAGCGGGAGCCAACAAAACGGGCAUAAUUACACCGAGAGCUAUAAUAAUGCUUCUAAUUCUAAUUCCAUCGGAUAUCCUGAUAAUAAUAAUAAUAACUGUAAUUCGAGCAUCAGUGGAAUCAAUAAUAACCACAAUAGUUCUGGUUAUUAUUCACAACCUGAUGAUAAAUCCUCAAAUUGCAUCGAGGAUUUUUACUACUAUACCACUACUGGAACCACGGCUAGUGAACCAAUGACUGACUUAGACGAUUUCGAUGAACUUCUAUCUAAGCACGUACUUUGA